CUUUAAAAUCUAAAAUACAUGAUCAUCUUUCUGAUAUGAAUUAAAUUUAAUUCAUAGUUAAGUCCUUAUAAAUUCGUUGAUGUUAAAAGUCUUUUUCUCAAAGUAUCCUAUGUCAGUGAUUUAACUAUAUCUGACAUGCAAUACCAAAUCUUUAAAAAUGGCGACCUUUGUAAAUGCAAUGACAUGUUGUGGGAUUUUAAGACCAAUUUCACAACGAUGUAUAGGUUCUAAUGCGACAACAAUUAUAACAAGACAUAGAUGCGCAGCUACGCAAAACAAUGAGAAUUACGAUAUUAUUAUAACCGGCGGUGGCAUGGUUGGAACUACACUUGCGUGUGCAAUAGCAAACAAUAGAAGACUUGAAAACAAGAGCAUCCUUUUACUAGAAGGUGGCAAAAAACAUGAAUAUAAACUGCAAGAACAAUAUUCCAAUCGUGUAGUUGCUUUAAAUCAACAGACACGUACUUUGCUUUCAAGUAUAGGAGCUUGGCAACAUAUAGAAGCAACACGAUGUUGCGCAGUUCGCAAGAUGCAGGUUUGGGAUGCUUGUUCCAAUGCCAUGAUCGAAUUCAAUGAAGAUUAUUUAUCACAAGAAAUUGCUUACAUAGUUGAAAAUGAUUUAUUACUACAUGCUGUAGACAAACAAUUGGCAGAUAAAAACAAUGUGAAUGUAGUAUAUAACUCCAAAGUUGAAGCUAUUAAAUUGCCAAAACUACAAGGGGACGAUGCAGAGAUACAGUUACAAAAUGGAAAAAAAUAUAGUACCAAAUUAUUGAUAGGAGCAGAUGGUACAAAUUCAUUAGUACGAAAGUCUAUGGGUACUCAAUAUGUGAACUGGGAUUACAAUCAAUUAGGUGUAGUUGCUACUCUCAAAUUAUCAGAACCUACAGAAAAUAUUGUUGCAUGGCAGAGAUUUCUACCAACAGGACCAAUAGCACUACUCCCAUUAACAGAUUCUCUUAGUUCUCUUGUAUGGUCUCUGCCAACGGAUGAGGCAAAAAAACUUUUAAAAGUUUCAGAAGAAGAAUUUGUUGAUAGUAUAAACAAUGCUUUAUGGAAAAUCUAUCCAAAGGACGGUAUGGUCGAAAGUGGUAUGCAAGCACUUCGACAAUUACUUGAAGGUUUAUCUUUACAAACCGGCGUAAUGAGACAAUUACAACCGUCGAUAUCAGCUAUUAUAGAAGGAUCACGGGCAGCUUUUCCUUUACAGUUUGGCCAUUCGGUGUCCUAUGUUCAAACAGGAACUGUGUUAGUAGGAGAUGCAGCACACAGAGUCCAUCCAAUGGCUGGUCAAGGUGUAAAUUUAGGUUUCGGAGAUAUUACGAUAUUGGUUCAGCUACUUGCGGAAGCUGUUAUAAAUGGAGCGGUUUUAGGCGAUAUGAUGUAUCUAAAGAAAUACGAAACUUUGAGACAACGAUAUAAUGUUCCAACAAUGUUUGCUAUUGACAUGUUACAUAGGUUGUACAAAGGAACAGCGGCUCCUAUUGUCUUAGUUAGAAGUUUAGGAUUACAAUUAACAAAUGCUGUUCCAAUGAUAAAGAGAACUCUGAUAGAACAUGCUUCUGGUACAACAGUGAACCAAUAAUAUUUUUACAAUUCACACAAAUAUUUGUACAUGUAAUAAUAUAGUAUGACUAUUAUUUUUGUAAUAAAGAUUUCGAUAAUGAAUAUUUAUGAUGUAUAAUUAA